GUGUGUAUGGGGGUGGGGGAUAUGGUUGCUGGAGCGAAGAGAGAGGUUCCCUGACCAUUCAUGUAAACCGCUCGCUAAAUCUGACCCAGAUCACUCAUGAAACCAAAACAACCACUUGGGAGGAUCCUCGGAAAGCAAUGAAUAUUUCUUCAAUAAUUGGCUCCAGAAAUUCUAACCCUCCAGUAUCCAGUGGAGGAGGAAAUCUUCCUUCAGUGAAUGUUCAAAGUCUUGGGCCAUUACCAGAUGGCUGGGAGCAGGCUAGUACUCCGGAAGGUGAAGUUUAUUUUAUUAACCACAAAGAAAGAAUUACGAGUUGGUUCGACCCCAGAAUAAUGCUUCAAUUGGGGAAACUGCAGCUUGCACCAACACAACUACAACAGACAGGGGUUCCAUCUCAACCAGAUCAGGAAGUGCAGGUCAGUUCUUCUAGCAGUGGAACACUUGAUUCUUCACCCACAGUUACUAUGGUUACUGCAGGCCCAGCUAGUUCUGCCACUUUACAGCAACAGCUAAGACUUCAAAAACUGCAAAUGGAGAGAGAGCAACUCCGAAUGAGACAGCAAGAAAUUUUACGACAGCCGACCUGCCUUGGAAAUCCCAUGCUUAAAGAAAUCUUGUUGAGAAGAAGUUUAGGGGAAGAGAACCCAUCCCUACCUACUUCUCCAACAGGAAAUGUUCCAACAUUGACAUCCCCAAGUGGAAAUGGUCUAGAUCCAUUUCUGGCAGGAACAGAUUUCCACAGUCGACAAGAAAGUGGUGACAGUGGCCUUGGACUUAGCUCAAACUUAAGUCUUCCUCACACUCCUGACAACUUUCUUAUGUUAGAAGAUGGAUUAGAAACUGCAGAUCCUCAUCAGCAUGCAGGGACUGAAAUUGGACCAGAAGGUUUACAAAAUACAAAUCUAGAUUUAGGAAUGGAAAAUAUGGAUUCAGAUGAUUUGCUUCCAAGCCUUCAGGAAGACUUCAUGGAACAUAUUCUAUCAGAUGUGCUUAAUGCUAACAAGGACAACUUGAUGACCUGGGUAUGAAUAAUGGCUAAUACACACACCAAUGCAUGAAUAUCAAUCUGAAGAUGUUUUUAAUCAGUUAAAGAGAACAUUCAUGAAAAAUGUUUAUUGUAAAUGCUUGACAAUAUAGAAUCCUCAUUCAUUUUGUAAAGACAAUAUUUUUAGUUGAUUCUUGGGUUCAGGAGUUUCUUCAAUAUUGAAUUGUGAUACUGUUUACUAUUAUGCAUUUAAAGAAGUCCAGUAUUUUGUUCAUGAUGUGCCUUACAAUAUACCUUCAGUUACAAAUUAUAAGGUUUUAUGGGUCAUCAUUACAUAAUCGUUUAAAAUUUCCAUGGUUUAUGCCUAGGUCACCUAGGUUUUUUCUUAAGUGCCUUAGUCUUUUGUUACUGUUGAGUAAACUAUACAUUAUGUAUAAAACAAGUUAAUUUCCUACUUAACUUUGUUCUAUGGUUCAAGAUGAAUACUUCAUUGAGAAUGUUUAUCAAUAUAUUAUGUAAAUCUGUAAUAAAGCUUGGAUUUUCAGCUAAAUACUUUACUGUGCAAAAUUUUAGAGUGUGUAGUUUUGUUCUUUCCAGAAUACAUUAGAAGGUACUUGUUAAAAAUUCAGUUAUUUCUAUAAUAAUGACUGUGUGUUAAGUUAUAUACUAUCCUGUAAUUGCUACCAUAACUUUGAGCAAGCAGUACCUAGUAUAUUUUAUUGUUUGUAUGGAAGGUUUCACCCUUUAACAGACUAUUAGUUAAAGUGUAAGAAGUCUUUCACGAUGAAUUACAGCUGAAGUGAAGAAGUAAGAUUCUGUACUAUAGUACACAGGUUCCAUAACAGUUGUGUCUGGGUGAUGGAUUGUUUGCGUGUACUUGAAGUUGUAGGUUUUUGUUCUUUGUUUUAUUAGACUUACAGUUUUGUGGGUAAUAAUGUUAUAGCGGGAACAAUAUAUAGAAUUUUUACUUGUGCUGAAGGAAGACCUACCUUAAAUCAUGAUUUACCUAGAAUGCUGCCUUUUCAUGUUAAGACAUUCCUAAAUUGGAAACCCUGUAGCCCUUACUACGUAACAUUGUUUUGGGUUAAACAAUUUCAUCAUUGUCACUAAAAUCAGCAUAACACAAUUGUAGUCUAUGCUUUGAUCAUGUUUAAACCAGAACUUUUUAUACAUAAUUUCUUGAGGUUUCCUUAUUUUGAACAUUUCUACAGAAAUUUCUUUGCAUCAUUGUUAGAAAAUAAGACAGCUAUGUGCUAUUUUUAACUUUUAUGUACAUACUGGUGUGUGGAGUUUUGU